CCCCAAAACCCGACAACACAACAUCGUCCUACAAAUAUUGCUGAAUAUUUAACUCCUAACAUAUAUUUAAAGAAAUAGUUAGCCAAGAUGCCGCGCUAUAAGCCCACCUUUAAAACUGAUGUGAUCGGCAAUUUGGACCUCAACCCGGAGGUGGCCGUCGAUGAUAUUCGCGUUUCUCGUCAGCAGGAUCAGUUCUUCGUUAAGCCACCAAACUGGGAUUCCGCUGGGGAUACCAUUGAAAUGCUUUAUAUAGCCAAUCUGAGAGAAUACGAUGCCAUGAAACAGGUGCAAAGGCAAUUGCUAAAGGACGCCAAACGCCAAACGGCGUUGAAUGUGCAGCGCAUUCGCAAGAUGUACAAAAUUCAAGAGCGCCUGCGCAAACGAUUUGUGGAGGUCAAUGGGUUCAUCAAGGAUUGUGCGGAUAAGAAACGCAGUGCCGAUAAGUCCAUUCGAGAGGAGUCGGUUCUCCACGUGGAGGUUCUCAAGGAAAUAAACGAGUUCAAGACCUCUAUUGCAGAGUUGAGUACUUUUCGUAAUGCUUUGAAAGCCACGGUGGCACAAUUUCAACCCUACGAAAGAGUUCUGGAGGAAGUGGUCCAGGUAUCAGAUAUUUUUGUAUCCUCUAAGGACUGCAUCGAUCGGUGCGAUGCUUUGAUGCUGGCCCAAGUGGAAAUCAACAAGCUGAAGAGCGAAAAACUCCACGAAAUCGAAGAAAUGCGCAAGCGAAUGGUGGCUAUUACCAGUGAAGCGGCCUUAACCGUUCUGGGUCUUAAAAACGAUCUGGCCCGCUUGGACCGAUCCUAUGUGAACUCGCGAGCCACUUGCCUCAAAUGGGAAAAGAUAUUAAGCGCCUGCAAGGACACCACUUCAAACUACAAUCUCGACAAGGAUCGCAUGUUCGAUGGCAUUCAGAUUCUCUAUCGCAUGCUUUGCAAGCGUCGCGACAUUGUUCCUAGCUAUCACAGCUAUGAGAUCGAUAAGAUCUUGACGUUUUCCAUGCGUGAAAUAAGUCUUCUGUCUUCGGUUAUUCAAGAAUUGGAGUCCACAAAAGGCGAUAAAGUUGGCGGAGGACGCUUGUGUUAAACGGAAAGGGAACAUUUUUAAAGUAUUACUUAAAGUAAUACCAAAUUUUUUAUGGACGCUUAUAACUGAACAUUCGCAAGAAAAAAAAUGUUUUAUGUUUUUAGCCAAUAAAUGGGUUUUUUUGCCAUAAUAAAAGAAAUAAUGGUCAAAAUAUGCAAUGUCAUACCUAGACAAA